AUGCAGCAGAUGGAAGCUACUAGGCAGGCUGCUGAGGACGCACAGAGGCAGCAUGUGGAUGCUCUCCGUCAGUUAGGGGAGAAUGCUGCUGGUGCUCAAAUGUAUGGUCCUCAUCCCCAACCUCCACCCCCUGAAUGGAGUUUGGAAGACUUCUUGAAGCACCAACCCGCCAAGUUUGAUGGCAAGACGAGUCCCGACCAGGCGGACCAGUGGAUGAAGGAUAUGGAGCGCAUCUUUGAUGCCAAGAGGUGCCCCGAUGAGAGCAGGCUUGCUUUCACUGUCUACAUGCUCACAAGAGAGGCUGAGCAUUGGUGGGCCAGCAUGAGGCUAGUGAUAGAAGAGAAGCAUGAUGAUAUCACAUGGGAAGCCUUCAAGAGGAGAUUUCUUUCAGAGUAUUUCCCUGAUAGCGUGAGAUACGCUAAGGAGGUAGAGUUCCUCCAGCUGACGCAGGGGAACAAGUCAGUAGCUGAGUACGCCGAGAGAUUCAAGCAUCUGGGACGUUUCUACACCAUGCCGCUCGAUGAGGAGUGGCGCUGCAGGAAGUUUGAGAAUGGUCUCAGAGGAGACAUUCGGUUGAUGGUGGCCCCGUUGUCCAUCAAGGACUUUGCGGCCUUGGUGGAAAAGGCCAGGGUCAUGGAGCGUAUGAAGGUAGAUGUGGAAGCCCAGCAGCAGCCACAACAAAGAGUUAGCGGACCAUCUGGGUCCAGGCCACGAGUUGAAGAGAAGAGGAAGCCAUAUGCUAGACCUCACCCUCAGCCACAGGGGUCUAGAGGUUUUUCUUCCCCGCCCAGCAGGAUCUAG